GGCUAAUUGGUUAUCAUUAAUGAACAACAACCACCAAAUGUUCUUUAUUCCUUGGAAUAUCGGGUAAACUUUAUUAAAUUCUUUAGUGCUAAUUGUUCAUUUCUAUAUUAUGUCUUCAAAUUAUUUUUAUACUAUCUUACUUAUAUUCCAAUAUAAUUUUCUAGGAUGCAUUGGACGCUAGUGGUGGUUGCGCCAAGGAAAAUUAUCCAUUUAAACCCUGUAAAAGGCCGCCCAAUUCCCGAAGAAAUAGAACAAAUGAUCGGAAGGGCAUUCAUGUAUAUAGGGGACGCACAUCAGUAUCUUGGCCCGUGGCAAGGAAUUUCACAAGCAAACUGUCCAAGACAACCUAAAAGCCAAGAAUGCGGUUUUUAUGUUUUGAAAUAUAUCACUGACAUCGUCGCACGUGCCAACCCCAACCGUUACAUACAAGAUCAAAAAGCUUUUGGUGGUAAGAAGCAAUACGAUCCAAAAACAGAAUUGUUACCACUACAGCGAAAGUGGAUCGAACAAUUGAUGGCGGUGAUUCACGGUGACGAUUGAGGUUCAAAGGACGAAGAAUUUUUCUUCAUUAUGUUAUUUUUAUAGAUUAACUUGUAAUUAGAUUUAUUAACUUAUUAAUAUUUUUAACUAAUUUUACAUGUUUGUGUAAUAUUUAAUUACUUUUAUGAAAUCAAAUUAUAUU